AUGGCCAUGAUGCUGAUCACCAAUGACAGACAGAGCGGGAAGCAUCAAGGGUCACGCAGUCUUCAGUGCAAGUCGCAGCGCAGCCCAUCGCAGACAUUCCCUGUUUCUGGCUUCACACGUGAUCUGCCCGACCUGGUCAUCAUCAGCCACUCCGGAAGAUACGAUUACCUCUUCAAGCUCUUGCUUAUUGGAGACUCUGGUGUCGGAAAAUCAUGCCUGCUGUUGCGAUUCGCCGAUGACACGUACACCGAAUCUUACAUCUCUACCAUCGGCGUCGAUUUCAAAAUCCGGACGAUCGAACUCGACGGAAAGACUGUCAAGCUACAAAUUUGGGAUACUGCCGGUCAAGAACGAUUCCGAACAAUCACCUCCUCCUAUUACCGAGGCGCUCAUGGCAUCUGUGUGGUCUAUGAUGUGACAGAUAUGGACUCGUUCAAUAACGUCAAGCAAUGGCUACAAGAAAUCGACCGCUACGCUACUGAGGGUGUCAACAAGUUACUCGUCGGCAACAAGAGCGAUAUGUCGGACAAGAAGGUGGUCGAGUACACCAUGGCAAAGGAAUUCGCUGACAGUCUGGGAAUCCCAUUCCUCGAGACCUCCGCAAAGAAUGCAUCCAAUGUUGAACAAGCCUUUUUGACCAUGGCCCGGCAGAUCAAGGAACGCAUGGGUACCACUACGGUCAACAAUAAACCUACGGUUCAAGUCGGACAAGGCCAAGGUGUGCAAUCAGGUGCUGCUGGAGGCUGCUGCUAA